UUUAUAAAAUGUCUUGUAAUCUUGCUCCACCGACCGAAGCAGAGAAAUAAAACAAACCUAAUUUUAUCCUUAGACGAAACGCCUGAAGCAAUCAUCCAUGGAGAAGUGGUCUCUUCUCGGGUCAACUGCGCUGGUCACCGGCGGCACGAAAGGAAUCGGGCGCGGAAUCGUGGAAGAAUUAGGGCAACUCGGAGCCGUCGUCCACACCUGCUCCCGCACCCAAUCCGACCUCGACAAGUCCCUCCAGCAAUGGCGCGCCGCCGGCUUAAAGGUCUCGGGAUCCGUCUGCGACGUCUCCUCGCCGGCCGACAGGGCGAAACUGAUCGAGGAAGUCAAAUCCGCCUUCGACGGAAAGCUCAAUAUUCUUGUUUGUAAUGCCGGAACAGGAGUGGUGAAGCCGGCGGUGGAGCAGACUGCGGAGGACUACAAGUUCGUGAUGAACGUUAACUUGGAAUCCGGCUUCUACCUCUCCCAGCUCGCGCACCCGCUUCUGAAGGCGUCGGGAAACGGCAGCAUCGUCUUCAUCUCUUCCGUCGUCGGAUUCAUGGCCGUCGACGGCUUGUCCGUGUACGGCGCUACCAAAGGAGCGAUGAAUCAGCUCACCAGGAGCCUCGCCUGCGAGUGGCCGCGAGAUAACAUCCGCACCAACUGCGUCGCCCCUGGAACCAUCAAAACCCCCAUGAUCGAACACGCGCUGCAGGAUGAGACGUUCGUGGCGAUGGAGACACAUCGCAUUCCGGCAGGGCGGAUCGGGGAGCCAGAGGAGGUGGCGGCGCUGGUAGCGUUCCUCUGUAUGCCCGGCGCGCGCUACAUCAAUGGGCAAGUCAUCUGUGCGGAUGGAGGAAGAACUGUGAACGGCAACUUUUGAUCAUCUAAAGGUGUGAGAUUUCGGGUUUGAUGCUAAUAAAAGUUAAUUUCCGAGGCGAUUAAUAUCAUAAUUUAGACUUCUCGUGAUCCAUAAUGGAAUCUGUUCGCAGCUUUAUCAAAGAGAAUUGUUACUAAAAUUUAUAGUAUGUAUUGUGGCACAGGGUUUGGGGUUUUACAUGAACCUAUGUAUCGUAUUAUGGAUUCAUGCUUCACAAAUACUGUUUGGCAUUUGAAAAGCCCUGUAACUAUAGAAGCCUUGGAUCAGAAGGUUUUUCAUUUUUCAUUUAAUGCAAAUAUUAGAACUUUCAUGUGAAUCUCAA